AUGUCUGGGAAAGUACAUGGUGGUAAAGGUAAAUCAGGAGCCAAGGAUGGUGGGAAUUUAAGAUCGCAAUCUUCAUCUGCUAGAGCAGGUUUGCAAUUCCCCGUCGGUAGAAUUAAACGUUAUCUCAAAAGAAAUGCCAGUGGUAAAGUAAGGGUUGGUUCAAAAUCUGCUAUAUAUCUUACUGCUGUCCUGGAAUAUUUGACCGCUGAAGUGCUCGAAUUGGCCGGGAACGCAGCAAAGGAUUUGAAAGUUAAGAGAAUUACGCCAAGACAUUUACAGUUGGCUAUUAGAGGUGAUGAUGAACUUGAUAGUCUAAUUAGAGCCACUAUUGCUUCUGGUGGUGUUCUACCACAUAUUAACAAAGCUUUGCUGCUGAAAGUGGAGAAAAGGAAGUAA